AUGAUUGUCCCUCUACUCAUCGCGAGAUCCGGGGGAAACCCGGACUCCGACCCCGUAGCCGCCGACUUCACCGCCGGACCGACCACCGGCGGCGGCGGAGGAGGCCCCAACCAACAAACGCUCAUCAUCGUCUCCACCAUUCUCGGCUCCUCGUUCCUCCUCAUCAUCGCCAUCGCCGUCUACUUUACAAUCAUCCGCCGCCGCCGCAAGAGGCAAUUCGCAGAAGAAUACAAAACUGCAUGCCUUCGCGAUCCCGAUCUCACGUGGGAGGAGUACACGCGGCGAACGAAGCUGACGCGGUCGCGCAUCAUGCUAGCCGAGGAGGAGCUGAGGGACACAAUCAUCCGCAAGUCGCUCCAAAACAGGUCAUCCGUCACCGUCACACCCAUCGCCGUCACUGCCGCCGCCGCCGCCGCCCCGGACACGCCCACGACGCCCGUGUCGCCGCCGGCCAGGACACGGUCCAAGACGUGGCAUGGUCGCAGCAGGUCCCGGUCGAGCCUCGACGCGGAGGAGGGUGAAGGGCUCCUGAUGUCUCUUCGCGGCGAUUGGACCGAGCACGAAGCGCGCGUCGAGAGGACGUGGCAGCUCCUUCACAAGAAGUACCCGACGAGGCGGGUGACGCUGCCGGUGGAGGAGGACUCUGGCGGUCCGAUACGGCCGCCCACGAUACGGCUGAAGACGCCGCCGUUGCUUUCGCAUCCCAUGUUUCGGGGGUGGAAUGGGGAGAGCACCGUCAAGCAUUCCAGCGUGCCGACGGAGCUGGAGAAGAUGAGGCCCGCGCAGAUUUGA